AUGCAUGAACUACUAGCAGAUGAUCAGAAAUUGCAGGAGAAUAUAAACAAAAUAGAAGAACAAUCCAGGCGUUCUGAAGCAACAAUCAAUGUAUUGGAAAUACAAAACACCUUCCUGGAGCACACUGCAAUAUUGACAGUUUUUCUAAACCAAUUCGCUUGGGAAACUCAAAACCUCCAAUCCAUUGUUAACUCAGCAUUAAAUGGAUUGAUGCAUACAAAUGUCUACCCCCCAUCUCAAUUGAUUCACGAACUUAAGCAAAUACAACUGACAUUACCGUCUACACUAGAGCUACCUAUAACUGAAUCUCAUUUAUCUAUUCCUGAAUUAUUCCGAACAUCCAAGUUAAGCGUAGUGUACAUCCAACAGAAUCUCGUAUUUGUGACCCGUAUACCCUUAUUGUCAAACCUUCGGUUUAACCUGUUUCAUAAUAUUCCACUUCCGAUACCUACAAAUAAAGGCAAUAUAGUAAUCAUUGAACCACAAGCUCAGUACUUGGCAAUAAGCGAUACUAACGAAUAUCAUUUCAGUCUAACCGACGAUCAGUAUGAAAAAUGUGAAACAUUGUUCUCUUUUAGGUUAUGUGUAAAUCCUGAGGCUAUCAGUAAAUUUAUACAUCAGGAAAAUUGUGAGGUAUCUUUGUACAAUUCCCCAUAUCAAACGAUAGGAGCGUGUAAUUCCAAAUAUCUGACACUAAAUACUACAAUCUGGCAUAAGCUUUAUCUGCAAAACGCGUGGUUAUAUUAUUGCAGUUCGCAGGCAGUGACAGUAACAUGCGCACAAAACUCUAGCAGAAUCCUACUCACAGGUACAGGAAAAAUUCAAAUUUCCGAUAAUUGCGUCAUAUAUACAGAAAAUCUGAUCUUAACACCAUCGAGAACCCUAUCAUCAGAAAUUUAUAGAGAUUUCGUUCCAGAAAAUCCGAAUCUACACGCAUUAUUAAAAAUACCGGAAAUAAUUAACAGUCAUGUUCCCGAGCAAAUUGAUACUAAUAAAUAUUUCAAAAAUUUUAAUCAGUUAGCUGAAGAUGCUGAAAAACUGAAAGAAUUAUCUAAAUUGUACAACGAUACCAAAAUAUUUGUAAAUCCAGACCAUCAUUUUAUUAUAGUUUAUAUUAUUGUCAUUCUAAUAAUAGCUGUAAGUCUGUACUUGUUGAUUAAAUAUAAGUGUAAUCUACCCCGACUCUACAGACCGGAAGUAGCAGAGUGUGUGCAACUCACACACUCCCAUACUAAUUCUAAAAGCCUCAGAGCAUCGGAACUCACGGAUGAGGUGAAACAUGGUGAUCAUUAG